AAUGGAAAUAAUUUUGACACAAAGCACAUAGUACUAGACAUGAUGGAAAGAUUUCACACGUUUUACCUUUCUUGUUUAUUUACAGAUGGCGGCUGUCAGACACCAUUUCAUCAAACUGCGUACAGAACAGCUAACACCACCAUCUCAUGUGACAAAAGAAACUCUGAAGUCAUGUUUUUCUGCAAAGAGAAGGGUUCAAUCUGUGAGGAUAUUUUAUUAACAAAAUCUCCUCCGAAGUCAAACGGGUCCUUCACUCUCACAGAGACCAGCAGUAGCUUCAACAUGUCCAUCAGUAAUGUGUCCUCAGAGCAUGCUGGUGUCUACUGGUGUGGAGUGGAAACAGAUAAUGGAAGUAACAGAGCUGCACUCAGAAAAAUACAGCUGGAGGUUAAAGAUACUAUUACUAACUCCACUAAGUCUCUAACUGUUGGACAGAAUCUCACAUACUGGUGUAAAUAUCCAGAGGGUACUACGAUAAAAAAAAUCAUCUGUAAAGGAGAAGAUCCAUCUAUAUGUAUACAGAUAGUAAGCACCGCACAGAGCAACGUUGGAAAGUUUUCUAUGAUGGAUGACAACGUGAAGAGAAAUAUCACCAUAACAGUGAGAAACGUAACAACAGAAGACACUGGGACAUACUGGUGUGGAGCAGAAAGAAAUGACCCAAAACAGAGCAACCCAUUCUUCCACAGGCUCAUGAUGACGGUCGUACCAGCAAAAAAACCACCAAGACCAACCCCACCCACAUUUCCUGUUUCUUCAACCCAGUCAACUACAACAACUCCUGCACCUGCUGGGAGACAUGGUGAGGAAAUCAUCACUGUGACUGUCUGUGUAUCCGUGGUGGUGCUGCUGCUGCUGUUUGUACUCAUUUUGAUUCUUAUCUACAAACGUAAGAGUUAUUACUGGUUUGCGGAACACCAAACACACGCACAUAUGCAACUGUGUCUCAACCUGAUGGAAAGUGGUGAAAUCUAUCCACUUUAUGGCCUUCUGCUGGUUUAUUUUUUUGUUCUCUGCCUUUUCUUUCUGCCAGGACAUUCAAAAAACAAAAGAAAUGCAGCAGCAGCACAGCACAAAGAGGAAUAUAUCUACGAGGAGAUACAGGAGCAGCCCCAUAACCCAGACUCAGGAAAUGCAAUGAACACGAUGUAUGCCACUGCCAACUUUCCCACGAGCCCCUCUGCCUCGCUGCAUUACUCGACCGUCAAUUUUAAAAACCGCUCAGACAAAGCUGGUGCUGAGAUACUGCUCACCAAACCCAGCUCCUCUGCCUGUGAAUAUUCGACUGUGAAAAACAGCCAAAGUCAAACCUCCUCUACUGUCAACCAGCCAUCUUCAGAGGAUCCUCUCUACUCAACAGUCAACAAGUCACGGCAGCAAUGAGGAAAGAUCAGUCUGGGGUUUUACAGUGGAAGAUGUCCAUGUCUUGGACAAAUGGGAGAAAUUCUGAUCAAAUAGUAUCUGUGUUUAUACAGCUUAAAAACAAUUGACAAGCAGGCUAAAUAAAGAAUGGCAUCAUAAAGGCAGAUAGAUACGUUGUUUUAAAAUGCGACAAUUGCAUGUAUUAUAUUCCAAAUAAAAUCAGUCUCGUCAAUAGA